UCAACCGAUCAAGUAUUCUCGAAUGUUUUGGUAUAAUGUUUUGGUUGGUGUGCAAAGGACUCUGGGUAAGUGGGACUGGAGUCGAUGGAAAACAAAAUGGCGCGAUGGCGGGAAUGUUGAAUUUACUGAAUUUUAGCUCGUGUUUAGUUGUAUUUCUUGUCGUGAUUUAUAAUGGAAAGUCUCGAACUUGUUCAUCAGCUUAAAGAAGCUAUUCAUAGUGAUAUAAAAGGACUAAAAGAUGAGAUAAACCAAGAAAAGUCUAAGGCAAAUUAUUUGAAAGAGAAGAAUGAAGAACUUUGCAGAAAUAUAAAAGAACUCAAAGAUGAUAACUCCAGUAUGGUCAAAACUUUGAAAGAACUCAAGGAGAAAUAUGGUCGGUUGCAUGACAAACUAAAAAGAAAAAAAGAAGAAAUAAACAAAAAGGAAAAAUGGUGGGAUAGAUACCGACUYACAGCGGAAACUACAAUGAAAAAGUUAAGGACACUUGGAACAUUUUCACCUGAUGUCUUGCAUGAAGUUAGCAGGGACCUUGUUGAUAUCAUGGAAGAUGAUUCCAGCACUGAGACYGUGAGCUCACAGGACGACCAAACAAAGAAAACACUUUCAUUGAAAAAACUCUCUACAACCAAAGAUGGCAAAAAGAAAUUCAGAUACGAAGAUGUGUCACCUGAUCAGAUGGAUUCAAAAACCAGAAAAAAUAUAGAACAUCAACAAGGAAAUAAUAGCAAAGAUGAAAAUCCUACAGAAGCUAAAACAUCUCUUUCACAGAGAAGUUCUAGCUCUUCUUUGUCCAAAAGUGACGAGAAUAUUCCUAGAGAAAUUCAGAAUGAUGUUGAUAAUGAUGWRACAAAUGUUGAGGGUUUUGGUUGCCCGUCGUUAACMAGUACACCUGURUUCUCAUCAACACAAACMACAGUCUCUUCUCAUCCRAUUGAUUUUCCUGAUUUUAGUAUGAUUGUUAAAGACAGUGCUCCUCCCAGUAAGCUUUCCAAGGAAUUAAGAGCUCCAAAAAAUUCAAAGAAACGUGAAAGUAGUAGUAGUAAUUUUAAGAACAAUCUUAGAAUAGUUAUCAAAGACUUCAAUAAAGUUAAUCAAAAGAAUGAGCAACAACCAUCAUGUAUACGGAAUGUUGAGAAGUCAAAAAACUUCACAAAUACACAAACAAAUGAAGAAGAAAGGAGUUCACCUUCAAUUCUACCUCAAGAUGUUAGACCUUUUUCAUCAUUAAAUAGUAAACAAACACAAGACAAGAAAAGGUUGUCUAAAAAUUCAAGUGGCACAGCUGAGGCAAAGAGACAGCGGAUGGAUACUGGCCAAGGAUGCAGCGUUGUUUURCUGAGCUCUGAUGAAGAAGAUAAUGCUAAAGAUGGUUCCAGUGUGGACAUGUUUGGUGAAGAUGAAAGAUUGCUUUCGAAACACCAUASAAAUGAUAAAGAUUCAUCACAUGAAAGUACCAAACACAAGAUAGAUGAUGCAGUUGAGAAAAACAGWUCAGCUGUUGCUUCUUCAUCAAAGAUUGAAACAGAUAAGGAAUUCAAGGAAAAGUCAAAAAGCAAGAGUUCUGAAUAUCUAAAUWAUGACUUUGCUGACGAUUUUCCUGGAUUCAGGAAACCAGAUGAACCAACUUAUAAGAACAUUGAAGUUAUAAGAAAAAAAGAUGAACGUUUGAAACUCAAAGGGUUUUCUUGUCGUGACUGUGCUGAGUAUUAUGGUUCUCUAAAUCUUAACGAAGAAGAGCUGAAGAAACGUCUAAAAAACUGCUCACGUCAUCGUGCAAAGCAUUCACCGCCACCAUCAACUCCCCCUGGGUUUUGGAACCUUAGUUUUCCAGAAACUCAGGAAUAUAUGGCAAAAGGAAUGCUUAGGACGGAGGAAAAUGCACCACAACCUCCCAAACGRAAACCUAGACGAAGGAGAUUGCUGGGAAAAAAUAGACUUGGGAAUUGAUUGAAAUAAUAAUUUGUAUAAAAGUAAUUCAUAAUAUURCAAUGAAAUUGAUAGUAAAUAAAGCAAAAUCAAUGUUGUAGUCA